GAUGUCCUCAUAUCAACACUCCCCGUACCGUAAAUACAACGAAAUCCAUAAUCACUCGCCGAGUAAGAGAAAAGUCUCCCGCGAAAAUAGAACGAAACUCGCUCCCGCGACAAUCCCACGUGUUCACCUCCGCCAUACGCAAUCAGUAAUCAUCAAAUCAAAAAAUCAGAUUUAAAAAAUCCCCAAAUCCAUCCAUUCGUCUUUCCUUCCAGUCCCUCCCGGAAAGAUCCUUCCGCCAUUUUCCCGUUCUCAUUUCCUUCCCAGAGAUCUUCCUUCCACAAUCCACAACAGAGAGAAAACGAAGAAAUGACCAAGAAGAGGCAGCGCGUGCUCAACACCGCCAUCAACGCCGGCGCUGCAGUAGCGACGACCUCUACCGCCUCGUCCCGCCGCCUCUCCUCCACCGCUGCUGUCAUCAUCGACUCCACCGUCUCCAACAAAACCCUAACCCAGGCCUCCCAAUCUCCGUCCUCUACCAAUCCUUUCUCCGCCGCCAAAACCGCCUUCAACGACUCCUCAUCGGCCGACGUCGUCCUCCGCCUCUUCGUCGAGCCGUCGCCGUUCGAAUCGUCGUCGGACCCCGAAUCGCCGUCCACGGCCACGGACUCCGAGGUCGUCCUCUACCUUCACUCUCACGUCCUCCGUCGCUGCAAGUACUUUGCCGCGCUCUUGUCCGAUCGAUGGCGGAAUGACGAUCGCGACGUCGGCGACGGCAGUGGCCAGGACCGCGAUGGAGACUCCGCCGACGACUUCAUCCGAAUCAGUUUGGGAGUUCCGCUGACGAUCGAGUCCGGAAUCACGGUUCUCCAACUUCUUUACACCGGAGAUUUCUCCAACACGAUUAAUAGCGCGUCGGUGGCUCUCGAUCUCCUUCCCGUCGCGCUCGAACUGCUUUUUGAGGAAUGCGUUCGGUCCUGCGUCCGAUUCCUCGAGGCCGUGCCGUGGACGGAGGAGGAGGAGGUUAGAGUUAUGAAUCUGAUCCCCUUGCUCGGCGGAGAAGAGUCGGAGGAGCUUCUCGCUAGGGUUUCGCCCGGAAAGAAUGAUUCCUGCGAGGAAAUGCUUCACGGUUUGAUCGUCUCUGCGAUUCAUAGCCAUCCGAACAUGGCGGUCGCCAAGGCGUUCGUGGCCAAGCUGUUGAGGGACUUCUCGUCGAAGGAAUCGGCCAAGAGAGUGCUGGAGAGAGCGUUCGAGGCGAGCCUGAAGAUCGUCAAGGAGUCGUUGGAGGAGUAUUCGAGCCCAGACUUUCGAGGGGACCAUAACGAGACGGAGGCGAUUCAGAGGCUGAAUCUGCACACGGCGAUGACUAAUGGCAGGCACUUGCUGUGGUUGGUGGAGAGGAUGAUCGAGCUCAAGGUGGCCGACGCUGCCGUCAAGGAGUGGAGCGAGCAGGCCUCCUUUACUUCUGAUUUGCAGAGAGCUUUUCGUGACGAUGCGUGGAGGAAUAUCGUACCUGGACUUCCUGCGGUCGUGCUCCGCUGCACCUGUAGACUCGCCAAUGCGGUCGCCGCCGGUAGCAUUCUUGCUGCUAGACAGGUUCGAAAGAAGCUCGUAAAAGAUUGGCUCCCUGUUCUGAUUGUAUGCAAAGAAAAUGUUUCACCUCUGUCACCUAGUAACAAAUUACUCUACUUGGAGUUGGAGGAGACAUUCCUGAGAAUCAUCUCCACGCUUCCCAUGUCGGAUGCCCAGGAGUUGUUGCAGCAGUGUCUCAGCUUCUCCACUCGAGAUGUCGAUGAUUGCCCUCACUUGAUCACUGCAUUCAACACCUGGUUCCGCCGUGCAGCUCAUCCCCCGCAGGAAGACAGGCUUGACUAGAAUAGAAAUCAGUGCCUUUUUAUGUUGUGCUGGUGGAUAAAUUUCCAGUCCCUUUGUCUAUUUACUCUGGAUCUUUUUAUGAUUCUCCAAAGUUGUGCAUAUUACCCAGAUGUUUGGAGAGCAUCAAACCUUAGUGCCCUGUAUAUAACUUGGUAUUUCUCACCUCUACUCGAGAAUCAAAGCGUGAAAUGCUUUUGAUGUUUCCUUGAUAAAUUUCUUGAGCUCCUGACUAGACUCUUUUGACUGUUACUCUGCUAACAUAUGAGAACACUUGAAUGGAUAAUAGAAUCGCCAAGGUUGUUUAGGGCUCUGUUUGGUAGUGCUGUA